ACCAAACUUAAUGAGAGGUUGACAUUAGCAACAACAACAAACACAGAUUUCGAACGGUAGAAACACAAAAACAUAGGAAAAAAACACAUUCAUUCUCGUUCUUUUGUCCCUCUCAAACAUGGUUCCAUUCUCCAUCUUCGUCUUCUUCUCCUUAAUCCUCUUUCUUCAACCUUCUUCUUCUUCUUCCUCCUUUUCUAUCUCCAACAACCCCAAUUUCGACCCCGACACUGACCUCUUCGGCGAUGCAAAGCUUCUCGCCGAUCACUCCGGUGGCUCCCACGUCAAACUCACCCACCACUCUUCCCUCACCGCCGGCCUCCUCCUCCGCCACACCCCCGUCACGUUCACCAACCCCAUUUCCUUCUCCAUUGAAUUCUCAUUCUCCAUUACCCCCGACCCCGGCGAUGGUCUCAUCCUGUUAAUCAUCCCCGGCGAUCUCUCUUCCGCAUUCCCCGGUAAUGGCUCCUACGGUCUUUCCCCUCCGACGAACAGUUACCUCGGCGUCGAAUUCGAUACGUCGAAGGAUGAGGAUGUUGGUGAUGUGAAUGCUAAUCAUGUCGGGAUCGAUGUCGGAAGUCUUAUUUCUGUUGCGGUUGCGAAUGUGUCUGAAUCGAAUUUGGUUUUGAAUAACGGCGAAAAGUUGAAAGCUUGGGUUGAUUAUGAAGCUGGGUCGCAGAGAUUGGAAGUUAGGUUAAACAAAUUGAAUGAGCCCAAAUCUUUAAAUCCAAUUGUUUCGCAUACGAUUGAUUUGUUUAAGAUUUGGGGUAGUGAACCGGUUUUCAUGGGUUUGAGUUCUUCAAAUGAUGCUAAUUCUGUUCAGGUUGUUCGUGUUUAUUCAUGGAAGGUUAGUUUGAAGAAAGUUCCAAAUUCAUUGCAUUCUGAGCCCGUUAACCCUGAAGAACAUGAACAAGGACAAGAACAAGCGAAGCUUGACGCGAAGAGAAAGUAUCGACCUUUGACAUUUCUUGCUGGUUUGAUAUUUGGAUCAGUUUGUGUUGUGUUGGUGACAUUUGUGGUUUUGUUUAUGUGGGUGAUUUUCUUCCAUAAACGUGAAGAAGAGUCGCUUGCUAAAUUGCCUGAACACCCUUCUGAUGUAAGGUAUGAAAGGAUUGAUGUUGCUGUGGACAAGAAUGCUGAGGAUCAUGAGGAACAACAUUAGAGGACAUAGAGGAGGUGGUGAUGUGGGAUUCUUUGUUUGGUAGGAAAUUAUGAUGUUGUUGUUGUUGUUGUUUUUCUGUCUAUAUUUAAUUGAUGUGGGAAAUUCUUUUGUAGGAGAUUAUGAUGUUGUAGAGUCAUUGUAAACCAACCUUGUAAAAUAUUUGUAUUCAUCAUGGUUGAGUACCACUUUUCAUUUCUUUCA